AUGCCACUUGUAAAUAACAAAGUGGGCGAUGAUUGCACAGACGAGGCUUUGGCUGACGGAAAGGCUCUGGUGGAUUCUUUGAUUAAGGUGGUGGCAUGUUACCGGCACUUGGCCUCAUGUGUCGGUGGGUGCACAGACAGCUUGCAGCUGCGGGAGGAGUUGCGGCAAACACGAGAGAAGGCCCAAAUGUUGUCCGUGGCCAUCUGUAGUCAUCUGACCUCACAUCUCCGAAACAAGAGACUGCCUGAGGGGCAGCGGAAGGAGAUGGAGCUCCUCUGGGUGGCCUUCUCCUCCAGCCUAGAGCUCCUCCAUGGUGACAUGUGCAAAGUUUUCAACGUGGCUGAAAUCUUCUCUCUGGCCAACACUGAUAGCCUGGUGCAAACUGGCCUACAAGGAGGCGGCAGUGAGGUGGCAGCCCGGGCCCUCAGUCUGCCAGACUUGAACCGAGCUCAGAGCCCAACCCUCCCUGCUGGGCUCGAGAGCCAGGAGCGCAGCACCAUGGAGCAGGAGAUCGGCCAAAUUGAGCACAUGAUCGAUGACAUGGAGAUGAAGGUCAACGUGAUGCGCUGGAUGGUGGAGCCCCAUGGGCCACAGUACACAGACCCACUCAGCAGCACCGACAGCGCCUCCCUGGCUCUGCUAUCCGUCGAUGAGGAGCAGCCUGGACGCCAGCCUCUAUGCCAGCGCAGUCAAAUCUUUGUGCUCUUAUUGAUGUUUGCUGUUGUUUUGGUGGCAGCCACUUUAUCUGUCUGUGUUGUCUUUUUCUCAUGA